AUGCCGAAAGCUCCCAAGCAGAACACAAAAGCGAAGCAUGACCCACUCCAUGUCCAAAUAGGCGAGGAUGAAGUGCACGCGAAGUACGGCCGCAUAUCUCAGCCAGGGCGCCGCAGGAAAUCAAAAGCACAGGACGACGACGACGACGAGACCGGCGAAGUUAUUUUGGAUCCCAAAACCUCGCGGCGCAUCUUCGAGCUCGCCCGCGAUCAGCAAGAGGAACUCGACGAGAAGGAGCUCGAGGACGAGGACGAGGACGACCGACCGGACCUAUCUGCUCUCAGGGCGCCGGCCGCCGCCGAUGACCUUGAUGACCUGGACCAGUACGACAACGAGGACGUCGAGGAGAUAGAAGAGAUAGAAGUUGAUGAAGAUGACAUGAAAGCGCUCGAUGCAAUGCUCCCCGCUAAUGCGGGCGAGCGGAGAACCCUCGCGGACAUUAUCUUCUCUAAAAUCGACAAUUUCGAAGCAGGAAAGCCGGACGUCGCGCCAGAGAAACACCACGACCCUGACCGUAUACCUGACCCCGCUGCCGGCUUGGACCCUAAGGUCGUCGAAGUCUACACAAAAGUCGGCCAGAUGCUGACCCGGUAUAAGUCCGGUCCUCUCCCCAAACCGUUCAAGAUCAUCCCCUCCCUCCCGCAAUGGUCGCGCAUACUCGCCCUCACCCACCCAGAGAACUGGUCGCCACAAGCAUGUCACGCGGCAACGCGCAUAUUCAUCUCGCAGAUGAAGCCACCACAAGCGCGAUUAUUCCUGGAAGUUGUGUUGCUGGACGCCAUACGGGAAGACAUCCGCCUGACCCGUGAGGGCGCGCGCAAGAACAAGAAUCAUCGCAAGCUCAACGUGCACUAUUACGAGAGCUUAAAGCGCGCGAUGUACAAGCCCGGAGCGGUUUUCAAGGGCAUCGUCUUCCCAUUGCUGCAGACCGGCUGCACCCUGCAGGAGGCUGCAAUCGUCGCGUCUGUGCUCGCCAAGGUCAAGAUCCCCCUCGGCCACUCAGCCGCCGCGCUCAUGCGGUUGGCGAACAUGGACUACGCCGGCGCGAACUCGCUCUUCAUCCGUGUCCUCCUGGACAAGAAGCACGCGCUCCCGUACAAGGUCGUCGACGCGCUCGUCUUCCACUUCAUCCGCCUCUCGAACACGUACAAGGCGCGCCGCGCCGGCGACGUGGAGAAGCUGCCUGUGCUCUGGCACCAGAGCUUGCUGGUGUUCUGCCAGAGAUAUGCGUCUGACCUCACCCCGGACCAGAAGGACGCACUGCUGGACGUCAUCCGCGCGAAUCCGCACCCGCAGAUUAGCCCUGAGGUCCGCAGGGAGAUCGUUAACUCGGUGGAGCGUGGCGCUCCGCGGCCAGAUGCCGACGGGGACGUCUCUAUGGCAUGA